UACGACGCUGAUUGGCUGCUUCGUUCCACCACGGUGAAGAUGGUAGCUACUAUGGUGGAGCAUGUUGUGGCAGAUGCUGGCGCUUUUCUCAAAAAGGCUCCAUUGCAUGAAAUUGGAAAGAACAUCUACACCUUGAAAGAUGUUGUUAACGAAAUCCGGGAUAAACAAACUAAAAAGAGCUUGGCUUUUCUCCCAUACACACUCAAUUUCAAAGAACCUUUCCCCGAGUUCAUACGGCUUGUUACAGAAUUUGCUAAAAAGACAGGAGACUACCCCAGUCUAUCAGCAACGGACAUCAAGGUGUUAGCUCUGACUUAUCAGCUGGAAACUAUGAAUGUGGGAACUGACCAUUUGAAGAAAGAACCAGAGAAAAAGGUUCAGAUAUGCAGCACAAAAAGACACCCAGAGGCUCCUGUUGGUAUUGCUGGUUUCCAUUUUCCAUCAAAAUCUUUAGGUAAACCAGGCACUGUUCUUCAGAGUCCACCUACCACAAAUGAGCCACAAGAACCAGAAGGUUCAGAAUUCAACACCUUUCAGUACUGGAGGAAUCCGCUGCCCAGCAUUGAGAUGGACCUUCUGGAACUGCUGUCUUUAGGUAAACCAGGCACUGUUCUCCAGAGACCACCUACCACAAAUGAGCCACAAGAACCAGAAGGUUCAGAAUUCAACACCUUUCAGUUCUGGAGGAAUCAUCUGCCCAGCAUUGAGAUGGACCUUCUAGAACUGCUGGCAGCAGACACUGUGAAACUGCAGCCUGUUGAUCUGUCAAGUGACAGUCAUGUGACUGACUCUCAAGAUCAUGAAGGCAAUAAUGUAGACAAACCUGAAAAAGAACAGAGUGAUGAUGAUGGUGGGGGUUGGAUUACUCCCAGCAACAUCAAGCAAGUUCAGAUGGAUGCUGGUAUCCAGGGGCCGUCAGCAGAUGUUAAAGUGGGCUGUGUGACCACAGAUUUUGCCAUGCAGAAUGUUCUGAUUCAAAUUGGACUGCAUGUGCUGUCUGUGAAUGGAAUGCUCAUUAAAAACACCAGGAGUUACAUUCUGCGCUGUCACUCCUGCUUCAAGACAACAACAAAUAUGAACAAAUCAUUCUGUCCACAUUGUGGCAACGACACCUUGAAGAAGGUUGCUGUCACCAUUAAUGAGGACGGUUCCAUGCAGAUGCAUUUUUCCAGAAACCCGAAAGUGCUGAAUCCAAAGGGGAAGAGGUACUCUAUACCUUUGCCACAAGGAGGAAAACACAGCAGUAACCCCCACCUGGUGCAAGACCAGCGUUUCCCCCAGCAGAGAGUGUCUAAAAAAGCCCAUCAGAGGACCGAUGUGUUUGAUCCAGAUUACCUGGCCGGCAGCUCACCAUUCUCAGAACAUGAUAUCUACAGCAGGUCAGCUAGCUUACACCUGAAGGACACCCAGACCGGAGGAGGGAGACGACGGACAAAUCCGAAUGCAGCACGCAAAAAAAUCUGAUGUCCCCAAACUACAUGCAGAAUCAUUGUGGAGAAAAACUGUCUGGUCUAGAAGUUUCAAACAUUAUUUGCAUUCUCUAGUAAAAUGAUUUGCAGUACUUUAAGCAUCUGUUAAAUGCAAUAAAUCUUCUCAUAUUGUAACUGCAAACCAGAUGAAUUUGUGAAAUGGAAAGUUAAAUUUUUUUUGUGGUAAUAAAUACCU